GAUGCACUUGUGAAUCAUACUUCUAAUGAUCGGUUUUAGGCGUAUUGUUAUAUUAUUUCUUUCAGCUUAUAGGAGUUUAUUUUUGCUUUUAGAAGAAAUGUUAAAGUUGCAUUUUUAGUCAUGUUGCAGUUGUAUAUUAGGCUUAUAAAAAGGGAAGACUUUAAGAUGUCUGGUUCAUUGACUGUAGAGUUAUCACAGCAUUUUAAUUCUGGGAUAGCUUUGAAUUUUGAACAGCAACGGACCUGAAACGCCAGUAAAUUUCUUCCCAUUAAAAAAUUGCAUCUGGUGCACCGUAGGAGCUGUAUUAGCCGUUGUUUCCUGCGGUUCAUGCAAAUAAAUGUUGAAGUCCUAAGGUUUCCUGCACUGACGGUUGUACUUUGGUAUUGAAAAUGUGGGUGUGCUUAAGUGCCUUGAGGCUGAUCAGGUGAGGUCCCGAUUAUCAGAACCAAAGUAGGUUAGAUUUUGAAGAGGACUUUAACUUUGAAAAAUUAAGUACAGACUGUGCCUUGUUUUGUCUUUUUCAAUGAACCACUUAAAAAUUCUCAACUUUGUUUGAUUAAGUUGUCUGUUAAACACUUGCUUGGGAGAGUGUUUACUUUCUGAAUUGGCAGGAUCCAAGUUAGACCAAGUAUUAAAUCUCUCAGCUGUCUACUUACUUAGACUUGAAAAUUAAAAGCACUCUGAUGCAAAGAGAAACACAAGUGGCCAGGUUUCACUAUGAUUUCUUUGGAAUAUUUCUGAGUUUCAGGAAAGCUAACAUCUUUAAAAGGCCUUUUGUUGUUGUCGUUUGCAUGUGCAGAGAAUGAAGUCGUUAGGAGCCUUUUGCUGAGCACAGAUGUCGGGCCCCAGGAGUAACCCUUAGCACCCCUCCCGUGGCCUUUCCGGCCCCGGGUCUGGAUGCCUGGUUCGGUGGACUCCGUAGACCUCACGCUGCGUGCCUUCUUCGUCAGCGUGGGUUACUGAGUGUGCUUUAUUUAACAUGUUUGAAGCUGGACUUUUUAAACCCGGAGGUGCAGAAAGUCAUUAUCGGGCCAUGCGUCCAGCUUUAGUUGUUGGGCUAGUCCUUAUUGAUUCCCCAGUUGCGUCAGUCAUGUGUGGGGAGAGAGCACAGCAGCAGCUCUUGGGGAGCCGUACUCAGAGCUUUCCUUGUUGAGGUUCCUCAGUGCUGAACUAACAAGAGGGUACUUCCUUGAACAUAACGAGGCCAAGUAUACAGAAAGAAGAGAAAGAGUAUACACUUGUUUGCGAAUACCAAGAGAAUUGGAAAAGCUCAUGUUUUUUGGAAUCUUCCUGUGCCUGGAUGCAUUUCUGUAUGUGUUCACCUUGCUUCCUUUAAGAAUUUUCCUGGCGCUGUUCAGGCUUUUCACGCUGCCUUGCUAUGGCUUAAGGGACAGACGUCUGCUUCAGCCGGCCCAGGUGUGUGACAUCUUGAAGGGCGUCAUUUUGGUGAUGUGCUACUUCAUGAUGCACUAUGUGGACUACUCCAUGAUGUACCACCUGAUCAGGGGGCAGUCCGUCAUCAAGCUCUACAUCAUCUACAACAUGCUCGAGGUAGCAGAUCGUCUGUUUUCAUCAUUUGGGCAAGAUAUACUAGAUGCUCUGUACUGGACGGCGACGGAGCCCAAAGAAAGAAAAAGAGCCCACAUCGGGGUGAUUCCCCACUUUUUCAUGGCUGUUCUCUAUGUCUUUUUGCAUGCCAUCCUGAUCAUGGUUCAGGCGACGACUCUCAACGUAGCUUUCAAUUCGCACAACAAGUCCCUGCUUACCAUCAUGAUGUCUAAUAAUUUUGUUGAAAUUAAAGGAAGUGUUUUCAAGAAGUUUGAGAAGAACAAUCUCUUUCAAAUGUCGAAUAGUGAUAUUAAGGAACGAUUCACAAAUUAUGUGCUUUUGCUAAUCGUGUGUCUAAGAAACAUGGAGCAGUUUUCUUGGAAUCCAGAUCAUCUCUGGGUAUUGUUUCCAGAUGUCUGUAUGGUGAUUGCAUCAGAAAUUGCUGUGGAUAUUGUAAAACAUGCCUUUAUCACAAAAUUCAAUGACAUUACUGCAGAUGUCUACAGUGAAUACAGAGCCAGCCUUGCUUUUGACCUUGUUAGCAGUCGACAGAAAAAUGCAUAUACUGAUUACAGUGACUCCGUGGCACGGAGGAUGGGGUUUAUUCCUCUCCCACUAGCUGUUUUACUCAUCAGAGUUGUAACAAGUUCAAUUAAAGUGCAAGGAAUCCUGUCUUAUGCCUGUGUCAUACUCUUCUAUUUUGGGUUGAUAUCCCUGAAAAUUCUUAACAGCAUUGUCCUGUUGGGAAAAUCAUGCCAAUAUGUGAAGGAAGCCAAAAUGGAAGAAAAGUUGUUUAACCCACCCCCAGCCAGCGCUCCCGGCAAACCGUCCAGUAAAUCACAGAGUAAGAGUAAAUCCUCUCAAGAAGAAAGCCUGUCUGCUUCCGUCACCAGCCAGCCAAGUCAUCAAAAGGAAAACGUCUUACCUCUGCUUGUGACAAGCACCUCUGAUCAGUUUCUGACAACUCCAGAUGGUGAUGAGAAGGACGUAACACAGGAAAACUCUGAGUUAAAACACAGAUCCUCAAAGAAAGAUUUGUUAGAAAUAGACAGGUUCACAAUUUGUGGAAACCGAAUUGACUGAGUUCUAUGGCUCCGUGUGCCAAAGACGCAGAGUCCCGGGCGGCAGGUGCUACGCUACCAGGGCGGACAGACGCUGAAAAUGGCACUUAAAUAUUUAUUUAAAGACUUAAAUUAUUAAUGGAAAGCAAAUUUUAGUGUCCUUCUGCUAGCGAUGUGGUCUGGCUGAAGGUCAGGUCCUGUGAGUCCACCAGCCGGGACCUCCAGUCUUGACUCUCGGGAAAACCUGAUGGAUUCGGAAGAGUUCCUCCCACUGGCCACGCCGCAGAGUCGCUGUGGGCGCGCCGGGAGCACCACCACCAUCACUGGGCUUUGUCAGUCUGCUUCCAGAACGUGGGAUUCUGCCGUGAGUCCUCUUAAGCAUAAGGAUCCACCUGGGAAACUGUGAAGCUCUUACCACGACGCUCCCUUUCCAGCCUCAUUCUGUUCCCACAGUUUUCAAACGCCACUUCAUCUGCCAAAGCAUUAAAAAAAACAAUUAAGUCAAAAUAAAUGUUCUUACCACCAGAAUAAUCUUUGAAGAUGUAUCUGAAUUAAUCAGAAUAAAAGGCUACCUUAAAAAAGACAUGAUGAACAGUAGCAUUUUAUAGGAAAAAAAAAACCUAAGCCAGUUUAUUUAAAAAAUAUUAAUUAAUGAAGGUUAUGCGUCACUGAGAAAACGUUUCAUAUUUUUCAGUUCACUCUUUACGGCAAAACAUGAGCUGUGUGUUGUUUAAUUGCAGUGGGUAAGAUAGAAAUCCCCGUACAGAAAAGCACUUUUUAUACUGAAAAAGCAGAGCAGUGUUAUCUUUUCGUUAACUGGUUUCACUUUAAAACUAGUGGCUUCACAAAUUGCUACCGUUAAAAGGAUUUGGUGUUGAACGGGCUUAAAGAAAUGUCAACGCACAAAAUUCAGAAGUGUCGACUUGAACUGGGUUUUCCAAGUAACAGUCUUAAGUCAAUGUUCCAAGUGGCUGGGGCAUCGUCUUGCUUGGGCUUACAGAAUGCACUAAUCUCUGUCUGUCUGUCUGUCUGUCUGCCUGCCGGCGCCUGGGGCGGGUGUCUCUGUUGUGUGGAAGGGGGUCUGUGUGGGGCGUGUGGCUGGUGGGGGGGUGGGGGGGGUGCCUCCGGGGAAAGGAAACGGGCCUUGGGAGCGUGUGGGUGACUGUCAGGGUGUGGGCAGGUGUUCGUGUAUGGAUGUUGGGAAUAGCAGCCAAAAGGUGCUUUUGGUUUUGUUUGAGAUCAGGAUUCCAUUUCUGCUGAAUUUCUGGUUUGUAGCCUGCACCACAGGACAGGUGAUUCUCCACCACGUUUUAUCUUGAGAAACCUUUCUGCAUUUUUAUACAAAUUUUACAGCCUCUCAUUUCAAAAUGUCCAGAUGUUACUGUUGACUCUUACUUCCGUUGUUGUUUUCAUUGUCAAGUUCAGCUCUAGUGCUGAUAAUUUCCAGCAUGUGAUAUGCCGAAGGUACAUUUUGGGUGAUUUGUCUAUAUCCCGGGUGAAAUGUAUAGCGAGCAUAAUGCUUUGGCCUGUUCUCCUGAAAACAAAAGUGAAUUUUAAUGUUUUGCAUUAAAGCUAAAGAAAUCGGAAGUGUCAUGUUCACAUAGGGGGAAAGAGGAAAUUGUACAAAAUGCCUUUGUGAAACCAGGAAGUAGUUUAAGUUAAAAAAGAAAGACCUAAAUUGUUUUGUGUGUGUUUCAAUGAAGCCCCAUUUAGAAUCAUUCUUUUUUCCAUCUUUACCACUUUAAGGAACAGUGUCCACAAUGAAUGGGAAUCGUUUGGGGAAAACUUUGCCAAACAUAGCCCUGAUCCGAGCAAGAAUAUGAUUUGGGUCUAUCUUUCAGUUCAGCUUGAAUUGCUCUGUUAUUGUGCUGUCAUUUUUGGAAGAUCUCUCUCUCUUUUUUUUUUUUUUUUUUUUUUUUUUUGCAGAAUGCAUUGGGAGUUUGGAAUGAUGUUCAUUUCUUCUGUUAAAGUGGCAUUCAGUACUAAUUUUUUAAGUGCAUCUUGUGUGAAACUCAAUAAAUUCAAUUUUAUAAUCUUUUUUAAAAA